AUGCCUUCUACACCAUCCCGACUGGCUCGCUUCGAGGCUUCUGCCUAUAGGCCCCCUUCCUCAGCGAGAAUCCCCGCUAGCCAUGCCGAAGAAAAAUACACCCGCUCCAAGAAAGCUUUAGAAGACCCUCCUUCCGAGUCUAGAAAACCCGAGGUUGAUGGCGACUCAGACGUCCUGGUAAACCAAGAGCUUAUAAAUAACUUUAUCAGAACCCAUGACCUCUUUCUCAAAUCUCUUGCUGAGCCAGGGCCGGCGAGGCCUGACGACUCUAAGUCAAAAAAAGUCGAUGUCGAUUCGGCGAUCGACGCCAAAGCCAAAUUCGGAGACGCAAAGUACGCAGGAGCUAGAGCUGUUCUUGAAGAAGCCAAUACCCCGUCUGAGGGUGUCCAAGUCGAUCACAAGGCUACGACUUACGUGCAAGGCGUACAACCUGCGCCUGCGAAGAAAGAUGACAAGGUGCCCCGCAAACAUUUUCAAGCCAUCGUAACCUGUGCGUUUAUGGAUACUGGAAGAGGCUUGACCGUAGAAUGGAUCGUGAAUUGUCUACUGCUGUAUGGCAUAUGGAGAGAUGAGGUCGUCUGGAAACGGGACAACGGAAUUAGCGCCGUCGGCUGGCAAUAUUUAGACCUAUACAUCCGGAUAACAAGAGUGCGGGAAGCUAGUCAGCCACGACCAUUCAAACGAAGGCCAAACUUCUUACUUGAGACACCGCAUUCUUGA